GACAAACACAAUCUCAUUCCCCCAUUGUGCUGCAAUAAUGAAAAUCAACAGUGUCCAGUGAAAAUGAACUUAAUCUGUCACCAUCUCGAGAAUCCUCGAUAUUUUCAAACACAUUCCACAACUAGAAAAUUUCCCACCCUAAUUAAUGUUACUUCAUUACUUUUCAAAUCACUAGUUACUAGUAUUAAUUAAUUACUCUUACUAUCAUUGGCUAAUAGCAAAGAGUUUCAAUUUAUAUAUAUAUAUAAUAUAUAUAUUUUUAAAUUUUCAAUACCCAGAAUCACAUUCUUCUUCUCAGGUCAAUAUUGGGAUUUAAGGAUUCGUUCUGGUUGAGGAGGGCAAAGUAAAAGUUUGCUAAAGCUAAACAUUUGUUUACUACCUUUUCAUUCUUCAGAAUAGGUUGAUUUUGUUGAGAAAAAUUUGAUCUUUUUCAAUGGGCACGGAUGAAAGUGAUAGAAUGGUCGGGGGUUCAUCUUCUAUACCAGAAAGCGACAGCAUGGUUCAAGGUUCGGAGCAGGAGAUGGAUCAUAGAGAAGUUCCUGGUGGGGUUCCUGAGAGGGGGGUUGGGAUUUCUUGCAUUGAAAACCGAGGGUUGGGUGGUGAUAGGGUUGUUGAGGAGUUCAAGAGUGUUAGUAGCAGUAGUAGUGUCUUGGAGACCAAGGCUUCGGUUAUGAGUGAAAAUGAUGAUCAAGAUUUGGCUGAUUCUGACACGCAAAGGCUAUCCACUUGGUUAAAAAUGUCAGAAAGCGAGAUGGAUAUGGUGUUUUCUAAUGAUGGUGAUAUGAAGUUGCAUUAUGAUGAUUAUACAUCUGAGAAGUUGGACUGUAUGUUUGAUUCUGAGAGUCGAGAGACAGAGGCUGCAGUUAUGAGUGUGGAUGGUUCUCUAGGGGAUGGUGGAGAAGCCGGGAGAAAUGGAGGGAAUAGUGGUAAGGAAAGGAAGUGUGAAGAUUGUGAUGGGGUUGUUAUGGCUAUUGCUUCUGGUAAUGAAGUAGCAGAAGCUUCUGGCUUGAAUGUGGAUGGUUUGGGAGGGUUUGAUGCGGAAGAUAAAAAAGAUGGGGGAGAUGGUGAACAUUUUGAUGGGGAUGUUGCAACUAUUGCUUCUGAGUGUAUAGUAGAAGAAGCUGCUGUUCUGAGUUUGGGUGGUUCCGUAGAGGUUCUUGGGGAAGAUGGCGGAGAUGGAGGGAAGAUUGAAGAGGAAGGAAAUGGUGCAGAUUGUGGUGGGGAUGCUGUUACUAUAGAUUCUGAAAGUGGGGUGGCAGCGGUUGAUGUGAUUGUGGAUAGUUCAUUGAGGGUUGCUGGGGAAGACAUAAGAUAUGGGGGGAAACAUGAAGGUUGUGAUGGAAACCUUGCCACUAUUGUUUCUGAGUGUAUAGAAGCGGAAGCUGCUGUUCUGAGUUUGGAUGGUUUGGUAGGGGAUGAAAGGAAAAGUGAAGAGAAGAGAGAAGAUGCAGUUUGUGAUGGGGAUGGUGUGACUAUUGCCUCUGAGAGGAGACUAGCAGAAGCUGUUGAUUUGAGUAUGGGAAGUUCAGUAGAAGUUGGUGUGGGAAACAUGAAGGCUGGGGGAAAAGAUGAAGUUUGUCAUGAGAACAUUGCAACUGUUGCUUCUGAGGUUUUAUUAGCAGAAGCUGCUGUUCUGAGUUUGGAUGGUUCAGUAGGAAAUAGUGUGGAAGACGGUGGAGAUGAAGGAAAAAGUGAAAAGGAAGGAAAUAAUGGAGAAUGUGAUGGUAAUGUUGUGACUGUUGCUUCUGAGAGUGAAGUAGCAGAAGCUGUUGAUUUAAGUGUGGAUGUUUCGGUAGGGGUUGAUGGAGAAGUUGGGCGAGAUGGUGGAAAAAGUGAAGAUGAAACACAAAAUGAAGGUUGUGAUGGGAGCACUGUGAUUAUUGGUUUUGAAAAUAGAGUAGCAGAAGCUGCUGACGUGAGUUUGGAUGGUUCAGUAGAUGUUUCUGGGGAAGUCGAAGGAGAUGGAGCAAAAAAUGAAGAGGAAGGGAAAUUUGAAGGUUGUGAUGGUGAUAUUGUGACUAUUUCUUCUGAUAGUGGAUUAGUUGAAGUUGCUGAUUUGAGUGUUGAUGGUUCAAUAGAGGUUGAUGGGAGAGAUGGGGGGCAAAAUGAAGAAGGAAAAACUGAAGCUUGUGAUGCUUCAAUUGAACCUGCUGAGUUACUCUCUAAUGUCAAACAGAUUGCAAAAUUCACCGAUCAUUCUAGUACUCCUGAUCUUGAGUUAUUGAAAGCUCAGCUUUCUGCAUUUUAUCAUGCAAAAGGGGGUUACAAAUUACCUGAUUAUGUGGAUCCCCAGCCAAUUCCUGGAGUAGAUGAAGCAGUCGCUGUAGGUCACGGUAAAAGUAUCGUGGAAGCACCGGUCCAAGGGCCAGUUGAAGAGGAUUGCUUUGGCUUGCCAGCAAGCCCGGAGUUUGAUGAACUGGGUCAUGUUGUGGGGGUUUUGGGGAACAUCUCGAACCAUAAAAGAAAAAAGAAAAGCAUAGCCGAAAUUAUGGGGGAAGACAGAGAUGUUCUUUCAGGAAAUAGGGAGGGGAAUGCAGCUGAGGAAAUGGUGAAUGCAAUUGAGUCAAAUGGUGGAAAGAAGCGAAAAGGUGGUGAGGAUGGAACUGCAUCUAAACCUGUUCAUAAGAAGAAGCAGUUGCUUCUUGAUCUUGACACUGAUGAAGAUGUGUUAGGUGCUGAAAAUGAUGGUGGCGAUGGGGGCAAGGAAACUGAUGAAGGGAAAAGCGAAGAACGAAAUGAGAAGGGUUAUUUGUCCAGAGAAAGGAAGAAAAGCAAGUACUUGUCCCCUCCUUUUACUACUUCAUCUAGGGGGCACAUGGAGGGAUAUAUUGAAACAAAAUCCCUUAAAGUAUCAAGGGAAGCAAAAGUAUCUCAGAGAAUAGCAGGAGCUGCUGACCUGCAUGCUCUUCCAGUUUAUAAGGGGAGGUUUUUUGAUAGUUCAAAUUAUCAAAUUGAAGAUGAUGGGGAGAAGAUUAUUGAUCCAGAUAAAGUCCAGGCUCCUGUGGAGGAAGUUCUGUCCCAAGUCAGAAAUGCAGCUAUUAGUCCACAAAUUCGCAGGCAAGGCACUUCUCUUGAUCAAUUUGUGGACUUUACUUAUGCCUUCAGAAGUUCCAUGUAUUGCGAAGGAUUGCUAAACAAUGUAUACGAGAAAAGUCAACCUGGAAGGAAGAGAAAGAAUCCAGAAUCUGGACAUGGAAUGUUGGAAGAUGCGAGUCACUCAUCACCAAAACAAAAUUCUGGACCAAAGAGGAGAAGAAAGGAAGCAGGUCCAGGCAUGGCAAAAUCAAAGAAGGGAACUGAUCAAAAUGCUGCAGGUGCUGUUCUUAUUGUUUCAUUUUGGCCAGGAUCUACUCUGCCUUCUAGAUCUGAUCUUAUCUCGGUGUAUGGUAAGUUUGGAGCUCUGCAUGAAGCUGAAACAGAUAUGUUCCGCGCCAAUUUCACAGCUAGAGUGUCCUUCUUAAGAACUUCUGAUGCACAUGAUGCCUUGAACCAUUCACUAAACAACAACCCUUUUGGAUCUUCUGAGGUCACUUUUCAGCUUCAGUAUUUGUCUGAUGGAUCCAAGUCUGAAGAAUAUGGUGAAAGAUCAAAGCACAAACCUUUGCCAGGUGCCACACCAUUGUCACAGGGUAGUGAAGCAUCCAAAUUGGUCUUCAUUCAGCAGAAGCUUCGAGGUCUGACCUUGAUACUAGAUGCAUCUGGUGGUGGCAAAUCUCCUGAUAUGAUGGCAAAACUACAGAGUGAGAUGAAAGCUCUCUUGGAGGAUGUUAACAAGAUGGUCGAAGGUCCUUUGGUCUAGAUGAACACAAGGAAGACUAGUCAUUAUGUUGCAAUGAUUAGGGUAGGUUUAGUGAUAAUAUGCCCUUUUUGUGUUCUGUCGUAAUCCGGGGCUCUUUUUAUUUGACUUUUUGGCUUAUCUUUAAUUUUGAUAAAGUUGGUCGGUAUAGUUUAAUUAUUUAAGGUACUUGUUCAGGAUAUGAAUUCGUUGCAUGCAAACUUAUAUAGAUUUCAACAUCUUUAGAUUUUUCAAUCUCAUGGUAGUAAUAUGCAAACAACUU